CCCUUAAUUAUAAACCCUAAAUCCCCUCUCACCUUCCAUAGUCGCGCACACUCUCUCUCUCUCUAGGGUCUCUUCCGCGGUCGCCGUUUGCAUUUUACGAUCUUCUUUAUCAAUAAAGAUGGAACCUGCUUCUAAUGAGAGUACGGAUGAAGACGAUCAUGAUGAGAAUGUGGCUGAAGAUGAUCAUGAUGGGGAUGUGAGCGGAGGUGACGACAAUGACGAUGACGAUGACGAUGACGAUGACGAUGACGAUGACGAUGACGAGGAGGAUGAGGAUGAGAAAGGUCCCAAGAUGGUUAGUGUGUAUAGAGUGACAAUUGACAAGAUCGAACACUAUAUAACUGAAGUGAACAUGUUGGACGUGCCUUCUUUUGAGCAAUUGGCGAAAGUUGUCUGCCCCUUGCUCGGCAGCCCCUUGCUCGGCAACCUUGCUGACUAUGGCCUGCCGGAUGCCCAUGAUUUUAUAUUCACCGAUGGGUCGUUUUAUGGCCUAUCUACCGAUGAGGCAACUAAGAUGCCAUGGGAGGAGUUGGUUGAGUAUACAUCAAGUAUCUACGUUUUUGAUGAGUUUGAUGAUGAACUUCAAGUGGCUAGACUGACACCCGACAACAACGAACACCCGGUGAAAACUAUAAAUAUGCUGAAAUUUACGCAUAUUGCUGAGAUGGAGCAUGAGAUUCUGAAGCUGGUGAGAGAGCACCCAUUGAGUUCCUAUAAACAAGCAGAUGGUUACCUGUGCCUGUACAGCAAGACGGGCAUGACUGCUGACUCCUUGACGAGGGGGAUGUUGAUUGAGAGGCCCUGGCAAUGGGUUGUUCAGAAUAUAAAGAAGGUGUUCGCAGUUGAUCAAUUAACCUCUUCUGGUUCUUGCUCAGGAUGAUUCAUGCAGCCUAGGAUGAUUAAUAGGUAGGAUUCAUUUGUCAAUAUCCUUACCCUUUUGGAGCAACUUCUUAGUUAGACAGAUAGUCGUGCCCACACAAACAAACAAAAAAUGUCCAUUAGGGGUUGUCGGUGAUUCCAAUGGAAGGAAUGCCUGCCCAGUGAGUGGUAUACGUACUCUUUUGAAUUUGAUUACAUGUAAAUCUUUGAGCUUAGUUUUGGAAAGGCUCUUUUGAAUUUGAUUACAUGUAAAUCUUUGAGCCUAGUUUUGGAAAGGCCAUCAGUGUGAAAAAGGAACUUUUUGAGCUCAAAGUAAUGAAAAACAGGAUCUUGUAGUGGCGUGAAAAUGAAGUUGAAUUAAUUGGAAGUUAUUAUCAACUAACA